CUGGACUUUGACAGUGAAGUAAACCUCCUUGUAUUCGUUGAAUCAGACGUUAGAUGACGUCAUGUCUUUAAAUCGUUAAACUGUUAUAAGGCAUGGCGGUGUUCCGGGAUUGCUUCGUUCUCUUGGAGCUGAAGAGUUUUCCCUUCCAGGAGAAGAAGAAGUUGAAGUCGUGCGUGACGGAGAACGGAGGACACGUCUCCUACGUGGUCAACGAGCAGUGCUCUCUGGUGGUGACGGGCGCCAUGUCCGACCUGAGCUCCAGCCGGCUGCGCGGCGUGCGGAAGCACGGCACGCCGGUGGUGGGCGUGGCCUACGUGUACGGCUGCCUGGAGAGAGGCCUGCUGCUGCCGCUGGCCGGCUACCGGCUGGACACCUCCUCGUCCGCUGCCUCCUCCUCCGCUGCCUCCUCGCCCGCUGCCUCCUCGCCUCCUCCCUCCUCGGCGACACAAGCGCCGCUCGCACGCCAGGUGUUCAAAGCCGCCACCGAGCCGCCCAAAGGUCCGGCCGGGCCCGUGGUCUCCGUCGGCCAGAAGGAGAAGAGCGUGGAGGUCGUCGAGGUCGUGGAGGUCGUGGAGGUCGUGGAGGGGUUCAGGAUUUACACCGACGGCGAUUCCGAUCUUCCGGCGUUCCCGGAGGAUUUCCAAGUGGCGAAGUACUCCAUCUUCCAGAAGCCGAGCGGCGCCGCCCGGUGCGUCCUGGAGCUGCAGAGCUGCAGAGCGGAGGCGGGGCGGCGCCACCGUGUGGUCACGUACUGGCAGCACGACCCGUCUACCCAGGCGCAGAGUGACACGCUGGUGUUCCCGCCCACCUCGGAGGAUGCUGUGCAGGUCUACGGGGUCCUGAGGGAGACCCUGGUGGCCAGCGGUCUGCAGCUGAGGACCAGCGCCCCUCAGCAGGCCACGCCCCCCCACCUGGGCUCCGCCCCCCUGCAGCAGCUGCUAUUGGAGGAGAAGCUGAACGCCGGCAGCUUGUCACAGGAAGUGGGCGUGUUCGUGGAGCUGCUGUGGGCCGAGGCCCUCGGUCGCCUAGGCAACGUCCUCCGAGUCCCCAUCCACAAGCUGAGUCUCAACGACGUGCGCAGGGCUGAGGGCCUGCUGCUUCAGGCCCAGAGGAAGCUGGGGGGGUCCGACCCCUCUGAGGCCUCUGCUCUCCUGGAUCAGGUCUACACACUGCUGCCGCACACAGAGCCCCCCCAACACCCCCCCACCACCAAGAGCCUCUCCCAGAAGAUGGACCUCUGUCAGUUGGUGCGUGACGUGCUCGCCGUGAGCGAGUCGACCUCGGCGAGUUCCUCGCCGUCGUCUUUGGGGAAGUUCCGCGCUCUGCGCUGCGGCAUCGAGGCCGUCGCCCCCGACGACCCCGAGUUCCACACGGUGACGGCGCUGCUGCAGGACCGGAGGGUGCAGGUCCUACAGGUGCUGCGCGUCGGCAGAGGGGCGGAGCUUCAGACGUUCAGGGGUGAGCUUGGCAACGUUAAGCUCCUCCUUCAUUCCACCAGCCCCAGCAACUUCGUGGGAGUCCUGUCUCGUGGUCUGCUGCUGCCCCGUGUGGGCGUGGAGCGUCAUGGCAUAGAGAGAACAGACGUCGGUCACCUGGGCUCCGGGAUCUACUUCAGCGACGCCGUGAGCACCAGCCUGAAAUACUCGUCGCCCAGCGAGACGGACGGCUCUCGGCUGCUGCUGGUGUGCGACGUGGCGUUGGGGCGCUGCAGGGACGUGUGCAAAAGAGACGCCGCGCUGACCCAGGCGCCCGAGGGCCACCACAGCGUGCACGGGGUCCGCCGCGCCGCCGGCGCUCGCUCCGAGUUCGAGGACGACGAGUACGUGGUGUACGGCGCCGACCAGGUGAAGCUGAGGUACGCGGUCCGGUUCAGCGUCAAGGGCGACCGGCUGACGGACUUCAGGCCCGCCGCCCACGCCUCGGAGGAGGCUCCGCCCCCUUCUGACCGAGGUGUGUUGAUGGAUGACGUCGAGGUUGAAAACAUUCAGAACCCUCUGAGGGACGUGAGGUCCGGCCUGCUGGACGUCUCGGGGCAGCAGCUCCCCCUGCAGGCCGUUCACGUGAAGUGCAAGCUGGUGGACCUGCUCUCUCAGGUCGUCAUCUUCCAGAAGUACUCCAACCGCAGCGCCGCGCCCAUCGAGGCGAAGUUCGUGUUCCCUCUGGACGCCGCCGCCGCCGUCUGUGGGUUUGAAGCGUUCAUCAACGGGAAGCACGUGGUGGCACAGGUGAAGGAGAAGGAGGCGGCCCGCAAGGAGUACAAGCAGGCCGUGGAGGAGGGCCACGGCGCCUACCUGCUGGACCAGGACGCGCCCGACGUGUUCUCCAUCAGCGUGGGCAACCUGCCGCCGGGCGCCACCGUCCUCAUCAAGGUGACCUUCGUGUCCGAGCUGAUCGUGCGGGACGGGAGCGUCGUCUUCUCGCUGCCCGGCAGCGUGGCGCCGUGGCAGGAGAGCGCCGCCCUCAACCAGACCACGCAGGUCUCCGUGGAGAAGGUGUGUGUGACGGAGGAGGCCAGAGAGUUCAGCCUGGACGUGUCGGUGGAGAUGCCCAAUAAGAUCACCGCGCUGCAGAGCCUCACUCACCAGAUCAAGAUAAAGAGGACGGACUGCAAGGCGGUGGUGAGCGUGCUGCCAGGUGAGCUCAUGGGGCGAGACGGUUUCGAGCUGUCAAUCACUCUGUCUGAGGUGCACCUGCCCAGGAUGUGGGUGGAGCAACACCCCGACAAGGACAGCCAGGCCAGCAUGCUGGUCUUCUAUCCAGACUUCGAAGUGGACUCCAGUCCAGCCUCCGAUGAGGUGGUCCUGCUGGUGGACUCGUCCGAGUCCAUGAAGGGCGAGCCGCUCCACUCGGCCCUCAGAAUCGCCCGGCGGGUCCUCGGAACCCUCGACCCACGCCUCAAGAUCAACGUCAUCUUCUUCGGCACCGAUCACGCGGACGCGUUCCCGACGGCGCGGCCGCUCGCCGAAGCUCGGCCGGCCGCCGAGAGCUUCCUCCAGCUCCCCCCUCCAGCAGGGGGCAGCACCGAGCUGUGGCGGCCCCUGCGGGCCCUCGGCCUGCUGCCUCCGUCCCGCGGCGUGAGGAACCUGCUGCUGCUGUCGGACGGCCACGUGCAGAACGCCGAGCUCGCCCUGCGGCUGCUGCGAGACGACGCCCGGCACAGCCGCCUCUUCACCUGCGGCCUCAGCCCGACAGCCAAUCGGCACAUGCUGAGAGCCUUGGCCCAGGCAGGGGGCGGAGCCUAUGAAUACUUUGACACAAAAACCAAACACAACUGGGCGGAGAAGGUGGCGUGCCAGGUGAAGCGCAUGGCGUCUCCCGGCUGCAGCUCGGUGUCGGUGAAGUGGCAGCAGUUCAACCGGGCGGCGCCGCCUCCGGUCCAAGCCCCCAGGCUGCUGCACGCGCUGUUCAACGACUGCCACACGCUGGUCUACGGCUUCGUGCCGCACUGCACACAGGCCACUCUGCUCGGAAACCUGAGCGGCCAGGAGCUCAAAACCAUGGUGUCAACCAGUGAGCUGCAAAAGACCAAGGGCACAUUUCUCCACAGGCUCACGGCGAGGGCCCUCAUCAAGGACUACGAGGACGGCAGUCUGGACGCCGAUGAAGCCGAACACGAGGGGAAGAAAGCGGAGCUGAAGCGCUUCAUCGUGGAGCUGAGCACUGAGUUCUCCAUCCUGUCGCAGUUCACCAGCUUCGUGGCCGUGGAGGAACGGGACCCGGAGCAGGUGGAGGUGGGCUUCACCGACAUCCCCAAGCUGAUCUCGGAAGAGGACGUGGACUUCCUCCCCUACAUGGGCUGGAUCUCUCCUCAGGAGGAGGAGGAGGAGGAGGAGGAGGAGGAGGAGGAACCUAUGGAUGAGGACAUGGCCUAUUGCCUGAUGGAUUCUCUUAAAGACUGUGGUCUGGGGGAUGACAAUGAUGAGGAUGACGAUGAUGACGAUAUGGGUUAUGGAUUGUUUGACGAAACAUCACACGAGGAUGAAGAGCGUCCUCAGGCAGGGCCGGAGUGGGGCCACUUUUCAGCCCGGGAAUCUCAGGCUCAAGACCAGCCCACUUCUUUCAUGAGUUGUUCUGUGGAGAUGGACACGCCCCCCCUGCUGGUUUCUCCGACUCCUCUUUGUGCUUCUCCUCGAUUCCCAGUGUUUACAAUGCAAUCCCGACCUGCUAGCUGCUUCUCCCAUCAUCCUCCUCCUCCAUUCCAAGUUCUGCAAGGGCAACCGCAACUGUUAUCCCAAUCCUUCCAUCCUCCUCCUCCUCCUCCUCCUCCUCCUCCUCCUCCUUCUCGCCCAGUUGGUUCUCCACUCAAGUGGCACCUUCUCCAGAGCUCAGAGUUGUCAGGGAUGAGGCCUGUCAAUCAAAGUGCCGGUCCACUCGGUCCACCCGAUCCACUCGUUUCCAACUCGAUGGAAACGAUGAAGAAAAAGAAAAUGAUUUGUUCAAUGGACGUUUGGGAACCAUCUGUAGAAGGACUGUCUGCACCUGGUCAUGUGACCUGGUCCCCUCCAGAACCUCUAUCAGGGAUCCGGGUCAAAGGACCGUCUGCACCUGGUCGUGAGACCUGGGCCCCUCCAGAACCUCAAGCCAUGCUCAAGGCAUCGUCUUCAAGUAUGAGAGAGAGAUCCAAAGGUUCUCAAAAACAACAACAACAACAAUCACAACAACAAGAACCAGAAGAACCACAACCACAACUCAAACAAUCACUAAAACUACAACAACAACAACAAGAAUCACAACAACAAGAACCACAACAAAAACUACAACAACAACAAGAACCACAACAAAAACUACAACCACAACAACAACAACCGCCUGGUGGUAUUUGGGGGUUGGGCCUGCCGCCCAUGGCCGAGGCCUUUGGGGGUCGGGCUCAGCCCAGUUUUGAUUCUGGUUCUGGUUUUGGUGGUUCCGGGGGGUUUCUGAGGGGACUCCCUUCCUUCUCCCGGGGGUCUGGAGCUCUGCGUGGCAGCGUGGCGACCUGGGGGACGCCGAGCGGUCUCCAUGACGACAACAAGCGUCCGUCCUCAGACGCUUGUCCAGCGCCACGGGAUCUACGCCACAUUGAAAAGAUGGAACGGAAAGCGUCUCUUGACGUUCUGCAGAUCAGAUGGAAAAACAUCUUCCAGAUGCAACAUUCAGAGGGCUACUGGGAGUUGACCGCGGCCCUCGGGGAUCUCGUGGACUUCAACGUGGACCUGUUCGCCAACGAGUUCCUGAAGAACCAGGGGAUCCGGUCCCUCGGUGUGAGGGCCCACUCAGACAUCCUGAGGCUGCUGGCCUCCCUCCUGGUCCUGCAGCUGAUGCGGGUCCAGGACCUGACGGAGGGCAAACUGCUGCGCACCCUCUUCAGCCUGGAGGACCCUACUCCCCCCAGGCCGGCGCGGUGGGCGGCGGUGAAGCGGGCCGUGGACUGGGUCUGCUGGGCGGAUCGCCAGUACCCCUGUGUGUGCAGCCGGCUGGAGUUCGGGCGGAGCUGGGAGACCUCCACCCGCCAGCUGCUCGGCCUGCAGGCCUUCCAGGGCCUGCCGCCCUCCUCGGCCCUCAGGGGCCUGAAGCUGCAGAGGGCCGAGCGCCGACUGCUGGGCUUCUGAACCACUCUGGGGGGGGGGGGUGAUAUUACAUUGAUAUACAUAUAAUACACACAGUUAAUUGGUUACAUAUUUUUUAUUUAUAUAUAUAUAUAUUAGGGCUCUGAAACGAUUACAAAUUUUAAUCAGGUUAAUCACAGGUUUCUGUGGAUUAAUCAUGAUUAAUCACAUAUUACCGAUAUUCUCGGUAUAUUUUUGUGAGAACAUAAAGAUUUAUGACAAAAGACGGAUAUAUACAUUUAUACACAGGGAUGCACAUAACUUGCUCACCAGAUGCGCGCGCGAGCCAAGAAGAGUUGUUGGGGGGGGGGGGGGUGCAAGUGACUUUCUUUCGUCCCGAUGUGCGCGCACACGCCGGCAUCCGAGCUCUGCGGCGCGAGACGGAGAUCGGAGUCGUGUUAACGCGACACUAGAGACAGAAUGACAUGCUGCUGGUUAGAGACGACCAACAACAGACAGAUUGGAAGCUCAUUCUGCGCAUGCGUUAAAUGCGUUUAAAAAAACAACUAAUUAAUUUAAGUAAUUUAAUCAUAACGCGUUAACGCGUUAUUUUUCACAGCACUAAUAUAUAUAUUAUAUAUAUAUCAUAUUUAUAUGGGUAUAUAUAUAUUAUAUAUAGGUAUAUAUAUUAUAUUAUAUAUGAUAUAUAUCAUAUGUAUACUUAUAUAAUAUAUACAUACAUAUAUAUAACAUAUAAUAUGUUAAAUAUGUAUAUUAAAUACAUAUAUAUAUAUACACACCUAUAUAUAUUAUAUUAUGUUCAUAUAUAUAUAUAUUAAAUACAUAAUGCAUUUCUUGUCGAUGUUUCAGUUUGUCACAAUCAGAGUACAAAUUUAAAUAGUUGCAUAAAAUCUGAACAAUCUGAACUAUUAGCGAAGUACAAAACUUUAUUCAAUGUUUUAUCUCAUUACUUACCACCCGAAAAGUGAAGGAUUCUGAAAUGAUGUCAUCUUUCAUGUGUUUAUGAUCAGUAGCUUCCAAAUUACAGGAAACAAAGAAAGACGUUAGCGUUGUCCUGCUCUGUGUGUGUAAUCAAGAACAGAAUUAAAAUCUAUUAAAAUGUU